AGUCGGCGGCGGCAUCGGCUGCGCAGAAAUGCUCGGCACAACGCGCUACAUCGCCCUAGUCGGAGGAGGGAAGCAGCCCAAGUUCCCACAAAACAAGGUCUGUAGUCCCGAUGACUCCGACUCCGACCCCUGGGUCUUCAUCACCACUGACACUUACGAGGUGCAAAUCUGGAACGAUGCCACCCAAGUCGUCGCUACCUCGCUCGAAUUCAAGACGCCUAUCCAGCGCGUACGCAUCUCCCAGUCCCACUUAAUUGUGGUGCUACUGAACAAUGUGGGCAUUUAUAAGAUGAAGAGCCCGCCCGAGAAGAUUGCGGAUUAUGAGACGGUGAAUAAUCCUUUUGGGUUGUGUGCCCUGGGGAAGGGGAUUGUGGCGUUCCCGGGCAGAGCGCCGGGCCAGGUCAAGCUGUUCGAAACGGUAACCGGAAACGUGAGCAUAAUACCAGCGCACGAGUCACCGCUGCGCGCUUUGGCCUUGAAUAAGAAGGGGGAUAUGGUAGCCACCGCCAGCGAACAGGGCACGCUGGUCCGGCUAUGGACAUAUCCCAGCUGCACCAAGAUUGUGGAAUUUCGACGCGGCGUCGAUCCAGCCACCAUCUUCUCUCUAGCCUUCUCUACAGCGGGGUCCAUGCUCGCAGUGACCUCCGACAAGUCAACCCUCCAUAUUUUCGACCUUCCUGUAGGCCUCCAGGCUUCCGCAGCCGAGCCAGACCCGAAGACACACAAGUGGGGCAUCUUGUCCAAAGUGCCACUUCUACCCCGCCAGUUCUCAGAUACAUACUCGAGCGCGACGGCGAAGUUUGACAUGGGCGAAGAGCCCGUGGGAUGGGGUCCGCAGUCCAAGUCGGCUACAUUUAACGCCGGCAUACCUGGCGUGCCCGGUGGGAGACCCACGAAAGGCCUGAUUGGAUGGCUGGAUGACCAGACCCUUCUCGUCAUCGGAGCAGGUCAGGACGCGCGAUGGGAGAAAUUCACUGUGGGAGUAGACGAAACCGGACGCAGAGCAAUCUUCCGAGAAGGGUGGAGGAGGUAUCUGGACUGACACCUCUCCAUUACCGACAUUCACGCACACUAUGUUAGAGAGUGGGCUUUCCCCCGGUCUGGUGUUUUCGAGUGGGACUCGGUAGCCAUAGAAGGGGUGGCGUUUAGCACACCUGUCUGGUUGGAGACAUGACUUGUCAUUUUGAGCAUUGCAUUGGAGUUUUUGCCCUGGGUGGCUUUUGUGUGCGGUAUCUUGUUGCUGCUGUUUUUCCUGCAAGGACAUGGCACUGAGGUGUCGCAGCAUGUUAGCGUAAGUUAAUCGAUCAACCCGGAAGUGGCACGGCGAUGUUUAUGCACGCUCGCCACGAAC